AUGGCAGCGAACGGGACCGGUGCCAAAAGGACCAGCUCAGCCCCGCCGUCAAGGCCUGGCCCUUCCCUGACAUCAGCCGCCGCUCCAGCUGCCAGAAAACGCGAGUUUCAGUCUGGUUUUCGCUCGAAACUUUGCCGGCUCGAUCUCUCUCUUCCGGCCACCGAUCCCGACGACGUAGGCAACUCUAUUUACGAAUUGGAUUUCUGCCGGAUUUCGUGGGGAGAUUCCAGCCACUUCCUGUCUGUUUUUAGGAAGCAUAAUCGCUUUGGACACCCACACGCUGCCAGUUUGGAUACCAAUUUGGAUACAGUUAGAGUCCCGAACGGAUAUCACAUAUUACGCGUUAUCCGGGUUCACUAG